UUUUUGUGUGUGCUACGAAAGACGACCUGCAACUGCAAUUGAUUGCAAUUGCGUGUGAGAAGUCGAUACCAAAAUCAAUUGCGGCAUACGGUGAAAAUAGAAUAAUGGCCGAAGUGCGUCGCAGAAAGGAGGCGGUCUCCGAUGAGGCUGCUGCUCAAGCUGAGGCUGCUAAACGCCACUCGUCUGCAGCUGACUCUUCAGACCAUGUGGACUCUGAGGAGGAGAAAAUUCCCGAGGAGAAAUUCGUUGAAGAGCUGGCCAAGAACCUACCCCAGGGCACGGACAAGACACCAGAGCUAUUGGAUUCGGCACUGAAGGACUUACCCGAUCGCUGGAAGAACUGGGUCAUCCGCGGCAUAUUCACAUGGAUUAUGAUUUGUGGCUUCGCAUUGAUCAUCUACGGCGGUCCGCUGGCCUUAAUGAUCACGACAUUGCUGGUGCAGGUGAAGUGUUUCCAGGAGAUCAUCUCGAUUGGCUACCAAGUGUAUCGCAUACACGGACUUCCCUGGUUCCGCAGUCUCUCCUGGUACUUUCUGCUCACAUCCAAUUACUUUUUCUAUGGCGAGAACCUGGUUGAUUACUUCGGCGUGGUCAUCAAUCGUGUGGAAUAUCUCAAGUUUCUGGUGACGUACCAUCGCUUCCUCUCAUUCGCCCUGUACAUUAUUGGCUUCGUUUGGUUUGUGCUGUCGCUGGUGAAGAAGUAUUACAUCAAACAGUUUAGCCUGUUUGCCUGGACACACGUCUCGCUGCUGAUUGUCGUCACCCAGAGCUACCUCAUCAUUCAGAACAUAUUCGAGGGGCUUAUUUGGUUCAUUGUGCCCGUGUCGAUGAUUGUCUGCAAUGAUGUCAUGGCGUAUGUGUUUGGUUUCUUUUUCGGGCGCACACCCCUCAUCAAGCUCAGUCCCAAGAAGACCUGGGAGGGCUUCAUUGGUGGUGGUUUUGCCACAGUUCUCUUUGGGAUUCUCUUCUCCUAUUUCCUAUGCAACUACCAGUACUUUAUAUGCCCCAUACAAUACUCUGAGGAGCUCGGACGCAUGACGAUGAGCUGUGUGCCCAGCUAUCUAUUUACGCCGCAGGAAUACAGCCUGAAGAUUUUUGGCAUUGGCAAGUCUUUGAACGUUUAUCCCUAUAUCUGGCACUCGAUUUCUCUGAGCUUGUUCAGCUCGAUUAUUGGACCAUUUGGCGGUUUCUUUGCUUCCGGUUUUAAGCGCGCUUUCAAGAUCAAGGACUUUGGUGACAUGAUUCCCGGUCAUGGUGGGAUUAUGGAUCGUUUCGACUGUCAAUUCCUGAUGGCCACCUUUGUCAACGUUUAUAUAUCGAGCUUCAUUAGAACCCCAUCGCCGGCGAAGCUACUCACACAGAUCUACAAUCUAAAGCCCGAUCAGCAAUUCCAAAUUUAUCAAUCGCUUAAGGAUUCCCUGGGCGAUAUGCUAAACUAAACACACAACAAAAACUAUAACAAAAUCAACAAACCGUUCACUGCGGUUAACCCUUUACCCAUUAGAUUAAAAACAGACAACAAAAAAGAGUUUUGCUUUAGUCGUACGUUCUCUAUGUGUAAAUGAAAUACUGGUAUAUCCUGUAUAGAUGGCAAGCACUUUAGGCUGCCACAUCAACUAGUUUUAUAUUAAGUGCAUAAUUAAUUGUUAUGUUAGAUUUUGUUGCUACAUUUUAGAUGAUUUUCCCCUAAUCAAAACGCAACCCCAAACCCCAACCCACCUAAGAUAUUCUGAUUUGGCAUUAGGUUCUGUGUGCUGCUGCUGCUCCCCAUUCUAUGAAGCGAUUCCAUUAAUUUUAAAGCUUAAGCAGAACCAUAGCAGAACUAUGAAUUUAUAAUAAUCGAUUGUGUGUGUGUUGUUAGUGAAUUUACUUACUAUUUACUAUAAUUACUACUACUACUAAUAAUAUUUACUAUGACUUAGAGAUUGACAAGGAUUCGGUGCGGCUGGAGAGGGCAACACUUACAAAACAUUAACAUACAAUCGAAGUGCAUUUUUUUUGGGAGCCCAUACAUCCACCUGCAAACCGAAGACUUUUUAAUGUAAUCUGAAAUUAUGUGCAAUGUUCUUUUGGAUGCCUAUCAUUUAUAUAGUGCAAUAUUUAUACUCAUUCGAUUUGGGUAACUUAAUUCCAGUCAUUUGAUUUAUUCAACAUUUCGUAUGUUCCUUUAAAUUCAUUCACUUAUUUCACA